CCCAACUGAAUAUUCAGGUAGCAACAAAAGUCGUUCCCAGUCGAAACAAGGCAGCCGAUACACCAACUGCAAUUUGAACUGCGAGAACAUCGAGAAUAUUACAGAGCCAUCAAUAUUGGCCAAUACCUCGAGAUUCGGUAGGAUUGUGUCUGAGCGAUUAAGGGAAGCUAGUCAACAUUUGGCGGAUGUGAGCGCACCGUCGGGCAUGGACUCGCAUUACUCGAAUGUGGAGUCAAAUAUUAUGGAUGUGAGUGAGCCAUGUGAAAUGUUUUGCAGCGAUGUAUGCGCUGUGGAGGGCAAUGCCUCGGAACGGAGACAGCUUGACAAGAGCAAUGCAAGAGCUACGAAUUCAUCGCCUAGUAUGAAGAGAGGCGAGAGUAGUGCUCUAUCCGGUCGGCGGAACAGUCAAGGUGAACAGUCGCCAAGCGAUUGUACAUGCCCAACUACGGCAGAUGUAGAGGCUAAGAAGUCUUCGACUUCUGGACAAGGUGCAGCAGAUGCGCAGGACAGCAAAAAACGGGACUCGAAUGCGGGUAAGAAGAGCAUUCACUCCAUAAAUGACAUAUCGAUGCCAGAGUUCGAGAGUACAGCCAUCAGUCAAUCUCCUCCUGAAUCGGCGAUCUCGGACAUCACUGCGCCCAGCUUUGGGCCGUCUCUUCAAUCCACCAAUAAGACGCAGGAUGCAAGUGGCUCAUACCACGGCUUUGAUUCAAUGGAUAACUAUGCACCUUUCGAAGAGCUUGUCAAUUCGAGGCCAGAAAACUGUGAGCCGCCAACGCCUCAGCCGGUGCGUUCCAAGCCGAACGAUUGCCCAGCUACUCCAAAAUCGAAAUCCAAAACUCCCCAAAAAGGUCAUUGCACAUGUGGCGUAAAUGGGAAUAUGCGAUCCAGUUCAAAACAGAGAAGUCGUAAUACUAACCGAUAGAGUUUAUGUUAAUGCACUCACAGAACGUGUUCAUGGUCAUGUUCAUUCUGAGUCACAUUCUCACGGUAAGGAUUCCUGAAACACACAAAUAUUUAUCAAUUCAUACAUGUUUAGCCUGAAAAAAUUAACAAAAUUCGAGUAUCAAUAAAAUGGAAGUGGAGUACAAAGA